AUGAGGCCAGCACCAAAAUACCCAUGGUAUAGGGCCGGCAUCGACCUGUUCGAAUACGGAGGAAAGUCGUAUCUGUCCGUGUAUGGCGCUCUUUAUAAUUUUCCAGAAGUGGAGGAGCUGCGUGACACAUCGGCGAAAACCGUCAUCUACAAUCUGGGCGCCAUAUUUUCGAGGUAUGGUAUUCCAUAUGAGGUGUGUACAGACAACGGACCCCAAUUCAGCAGCCGCGACUUCAGCCGGUUUGCAAGCAAGUAUGACUUCAGACAUGUCACCUCAAGCCCGGAGUUCCCAAGGUCCAACGGACUACCAGAGAAGGGCGUGCAGGUAGCUAAAAGGCUUUUGCAGAAAACAAAAGACGCACGAGAAGAUUUCUGGCUGGGCCUCCUGAGCUACAGGUCAACACCCUUAGAAGAUGGACGAUCGCCCGGAGAACUACUCCAAGGAAGGCGAUUAAGGUCGACACUUCCAGAUUUCAGUGACCAGAAGACAACACAAAUGUGGAAACUUGUUCAAAAGGAUCAUUCCAAGUGGGAUCUGCCACCACUGGACAAGGGACAGACUGUUAGGAUCAAGAAAAAGUAUUGGUCACGGAAAGCGAAAGUGGUCAAGCAGGUGUAUCCAAGAUCGUACGAAGUCUUGACAGAAAACAACAAAAGACUUCGUCGGAACAGGCAACAUCUUCUCCCCACAAGCGAGGCUUUCAUCCAGGGUGCCCUGGAAAGUGAACCUAGUACUGACGAAGUCCAAUAA